ACAUCUAUACAUUUCACAUAUUUGUAUCUAACAAUUUAAAUACAAAUUAUUAUUACUAUAAUUAUUAUUAUUAUCAUCAGCAUUAUUAUUAUUAGUAGUAGUAGUAGCAUUAUACUCUGUAAAUUAAUUACAGUAAACAGGAAAAUAUUUUUACCGGCUAAUUUGAAUAUUUAAAUUUCCAAUUUAUUUCAAAUUUUUGUAUUUAUCUAUAUCCAUGGCCAAUCUCUGAUCACCUUCAUUUCUGUAGGCCAGAUCACAUGCGUUUUUUUUUUUUCUUUUAAAAAUGAUUAAAAUGUUAUCAGUCAUUUUACUGGGUACUUGAGCCUUCUAAUCCAAUUCAGUCUGAAGCAUGCUCAUAGCUAUAGCCCAUGAGACUGCCAGUCUUAGUGGCCUUAAAAUGACCCUACACUGUACUGAAAAAAUCAUGCUGCAGAUAUGGUCCAUUUAGAGGAUGGCUACUCCAUAAACACUGGAAAACAAGGUUGAGCUGAGAGAGACAGCCGCCCACCUCAUCUGAAAUUAGUUGUGAAAUUGAUUUCUCUCUCUCUCGGUCUCUUUCUCUCCUGGCAUUGAUUGUGUGUUUGUUUGUUUGUUUGUUUGUUGAGGGAUGCCAUUAUUAUUAUUGUCCUUAGGCACCGGGUGCUUCCUUUGAAGGCGAAGGAAUUAACGUCCUCAAGGUCAAUGAGUAGGUGGGGGCCAGGGCUUUACUUAAGCCAUGUCUGCCAUUUACAAGUGCCUAUGAUAACAUGCAGAUGGACCUCUCUCGCUUUUCCAAAAAUAUGUUAUGUUGACUAUAUUGAGAAAAAAAAACCUUACCGGUAGCCUCUAACAUUUCCCCGCUGUAGCAGUAACGGUGUAGCUCCCUAUUCAGCUAACAAAACCGUGUGUGAAGAAAAAAGUACGACACUGCCUCCUUUUUACAAUCAAAACAAUUUAAAAACUUUAUUUGCCAUCAAGUUAUCUACCUCAUUUGACUAAUAGAGAGGUAUGUCCGCGUUAUUCGAGAGCGAACGAGCUUUUUGAUGGUCUGCACUCACACCUUGUGUCUGAGAGGCGGGAGCCUCGGCUCCUUUAAGGCUAUGAGGAAUUAAACCAGCAGCGGAGGCAGGGGAGAGUGUUAUUUUGUAAUGCUCAAAGGCAGAGAGGAGUAGCGCAGGGACCAAUGCCAUUAUACCGGCUGGGGGAAGAAGAUGCGUGAGCUUGCUGCCUUAUGGCCGGAGAGAGGUGGUGAAGAUGGUCUGAGUUUGGGAUCUAAUCAUUCUGUCUACCGCUUUAGCUUUUCCACACUUGGUUUCCAUUGUUGUUGAAUUAUCAUGACUUCCUUUUGUUUUUCAGUUGCUUUUUAAUUUUUUCCAAUUCCUUUUUUUUUCUCUCUCCUCCGGACAUGCUUUCGUUUUAUUCGUUUCUUACUUAUUUUCAAUGACACAUUUGAUUCGCGCAUUCUUACUCCCUAAGUUUUGUUUUUUGAGUUCGUUUGUUUUCCACCCGUUUUACCACCUGCUUGCAGUACGGAGCUGCUGCCUUUUGCCAUCGCCGUCGCUCUGACUCAGCAUCGCACCUGGACGACUGUGCGCGGAAGCCCCUUUUAGCUGCUCUGAGAGGCGCAGGCGAAGGCAACAGCCAGGAAACACCGGAGCACACACGGCAGCAAGCGCGGCGCAGGAGUUCCAUCGCAGCUUUAACCUAGACAAUCACACACAAGCACAUCCGCCCUUCCAGCGCAAAGACGGGAGACGGGUGAAAAGGAAUCGGAGCACCAGCCUCGGAGCGCACCAGUGUCAAAGAGACGCGGAGAUAGCCACAGUGUAAAUCCCCCCUUCUUUUCCGCGGAGAGCUGGACUGCUUUUCUUAUAACCUUGCAACUGGCACAUUUAAGGGUGAUCAAGAAGAACCACUGGACAAAGUGCGUGGACUGAGAAGAGGAAAAAGCCUAGCUGAGGGAUUGAACGGAGCGGGGCAUGUGGAUAUUGGCUUUUAUCUUUUCCCAGAGCAUCUUGAAUGUUUUCAGCGAAGAUCUACAUUCCAGCGUAUAUUUUGUCAAUGCAUCUCUGCAAGAGAUAGUGUUUGCCAGCACCACAGGGACCCUGGUUCCCUGUCCGGCCGCGGCGGCGCCCCCGGCCACGCUGCGCUGGUACCUCGCUACCGGAGAAGAGAUCUACAACGUCCCAGGGAUCCGCCACGUGCACCAGAAUGGCACCCUCCAGAUCUUCAACUUCCUCCCCUCCGGCUUCAGCAAGCUCAUCCACGACAACACGUACUAUUGCACAGCUGAAAACCCCUCAGGGAAAAUCAGGAGUCAAGAUGUUCACAUUAAAGCCGUGUUCCGGGAACCGUAUACGGUGCGCGUGGAGGAUCAAAAAGCCAUGCGCGGCAGCGUAGCGGUCUUCAAGUGCAUUAUCCCUACCUUCGUGGAGGCCUACGUCUCGGUCGUCUCGUGGGAGAAGGACACCAACACGCUCGGCUCAGAUCCCAGAUUUCACAUCACAUCCUCGGGAGCGUUGUAUAUCCUGGACGUGGUGACGGACGAUGGGAACUGGAACUACCGCUGUUUGACGCGGCAUCGCUACACGGGCGAGACCAGGCAGAGCAACAGCGCGCGUCUCACAGUAACAGAGCCCACCAACUCAGAGCCCACUAUCCUGGAUGGCUUUGACCGGAGAGAAGUCAUGGUGUCCCACCGGGUGGAACUGCCCUGCAAGGCGACGGGGUACCCGGCCCCCAAAUACCGCUGGGCGAAGGACAGCAGCCCCUUAGAACGGGACAGCCGGUUCCGCCAGGUCAGCACGGGACUACUAAUCGAGAACGUGAGGCCCAGCGAUGCCGGCAGCUAUGCGUGUGAGGUGUUUAACUCCCUGGGCAGCGCUGCCAUGGUGGGACAGCUGCUGGUCAAGCAACCCCUGAAGGUGGUGGUGAGCCCUCACACUCUCAAGAGCAGCGUGGGCAGCCAGGUGUCCCUGUCCUGCAUGGUCACCGGCUCGGAGAAGUACGACCUCUCCUGGUACCGCAACGGCGAGAUGGUCUACCGCGAUAAGAGAAUCAGCCAGGAGAACCUCGUGAUGGACGGCAUGGUGAAGAGCGACGGAGGGGUGUACCAGUGUUUCGCCCGGAGGGGGAAGAUGUCAGCCCAGGACUUUGCACAGGUCAUCUUGGAAGACGGCACACCGAAGAUCCUGUCGGCCUUCAGUGAGAGGAUGGUGAACCUGAACGAACCCGUGUCGCUGGUGUGCAACGUGAAGGGGACGCCGCGGCCUGCCGUCACCUGGACGCUGGACGAGGAGCACGUCGGGGACCCGGGCCACUACCGCAUGGGACAGACGGUGACACCAGAGGGCCACAUGCUGAGUUACCUGAACAUCUCGCACUCCAAGGUCAACGACAGUGGCAUCUACCGCUGCUCCUGCAACAAUUCGGCCGGCGUAGUCUCCUACCAGGCUCGAAUAAACGUAAGAGGGCCAGCCAACAUCCGGGACAUGAAGAAUCUAACAGCCAUUGCCGGGCGGGACGCCUACAUCCACUGUCGAGUGGUGGGCUACCCGUACUACUCUAUAAAGUGGUUCAAGAACUCUGACCUUUUGCCCUUCAACCACCGCCAGCGCGCCUUCGAGAACAACGGCACGCUCAAGCUAUCCAACGUGCAGAAGAGCGCAGACGAGGGAGAGUACACCUGCCGUGUCCAGGUGCACCCAGACCUUGAGAUCAGCAAGAGCCUACAUGUCACCGUCAAAGGUAAAGGUGUUCCCCAGUUCCAGGCGAUCCUGCUGAACACGGGUUCUCGCAUCCAGCUGCUGGAGAACGGUUCUCUGCUCAUCAAGCACGUUCUGCAGGAGGACAGCGGGUACUACCUGUGUAAAGUCAGCAACGACGUGGGAACCGACAUCAGCAAGUCCAUGUACUUCACCGUCAAAAUCCCUGCCAUGAUCACGUCGUACCCCAACACCACGCUGGCCACCAAGGGCAAAAAGAAGGAGAUGAGCUGCACAGCCAAGGGAGAGAAGCCCAUCAUGAUCCGCUGGGAGAAGGAGAAGGAGAUCAUCAACCCCGAGAUGAGCCGCUACGUGGUGACGGUGCGCGAGGUCGGCGACGAGGUCAACUCCACCCUACAGAUCCAGAGUCCAGUGCGAGGCGACUCUGGCUUCUUCUCCUGCCACGCCAUCAACUCCUACGGUGAAGAUAAAGGAAUCAUUCAGCUCACAGUGGAGGAGCCUCCAGACAGCCCCCUGGUGGAGAUCCGAGACGUGCAGGACCGCAUCAUCACCCUGCACUGGAACAUGGUGUUCGACGGCAACAGCCCCAUCACAGGAUAUGACAUCGAGUACAAGAACAAAUCAGCUCCGUGGAGUUCCGCGAUCUCCACCAAGAACAUCUCCCCCUCGCUCUACCAGGCCACCAUCAUCGACCUCCACCCCUCCUCCACCUACAACAUCCGCAUGAUCGCCAAGAACCGCAUCAACAGCAGCGCACCCAGCAACGAGCUCACCAUCACCACAGACGAAGCCAGUCCAGACGGCCCUCCGCAGGAGGUGCAGCUGGAGGCGCUGUCCUCCCAGAGCGUCAAAGUCACCUGGAAGCCUCCACAAAGGCACCUUAUGAACGGCGUGAUCCGCACCUACCACGUCAGUUACCGCGAGUACACCAAAGAGCAGAACCGGCAGCUCACGCGCAUCACCGUGGACGCCACCGGCGACCAGGAGACCGUCACUCUGGACAACCUGCGCAAGUUCACACUCUACGAGGUCAUCGUCAACGCGGAGAACAGAGCUGGCAUGGGCCCCGCCUCACACGAGGGCAUCAUGCGCACCCUGGAGGACGUACCCAGCCAAGCCCCUGGUAAUGUGGUGGCCACCCCCAGUUCCCCUGAAGCCAUUUUCGUGUACUGGUCCCCUCUCCCUAACGACACGCUCAACGGCGUCCUUCUGGGCUACCGUGUCAUCUUCUGGGCCAACCUGGCGGACGGAGAGCUGGGAGACAUCAGGAACAUCACCACCAUUCAACCCCGCCUGGAGUUGGACGGCCUGGAGAAGUUCACCAACUACAGCAUCCAGGUGCUGGCCUUCACCCAGGCCGGAGACGGCGUCCGCAGUGGCCAGAUCUUCGCCCGCACCAAAGAAGACGUCCCUGGUCCUCCCGCCGGUGUGAAAGCAGCAGCUGCCAGCAGCACUGAGGUGUUUGUGUCCUGGCUGCCCCCAAUCAAGCUCAACGGCAUCAUCAAGAAAUACAAGAUCUACUGCUCCUUCAACUACCCUACGGUGAACAAUGACAAUGACGCUCCGCCCGAUAAGUACUUCUACCACAUCCACGGCCUGCGUCUCAACCAGAGGUACAGCAUCUGGGUGGUUGCCGUGACUGCAGCUGGCCCCGGCAACGCCAGUGAGAUCAUCACCGUGGAGCCGCUGGAGAAAGCCCCUGCCAGGAUUCUCACGUUCAGUGGUACGGUCACCACCCCCUGGAUGAGGGACAUCGUUUUACCCUGCAGGGCUGUGGGAGAUCCCGCCCCCACCAUCAAAUGGCUGAAGGAAACCAACGGCACCCCUGCUCCAGUCCAGAUUGACGGCCGUCGCAGUGUGCAUAGCAACGGUAGCUUCAUCAUCCGCACUGUCAAAGCAGAGGAUUCUGGGUACUACAGCUGCGUGGCCAGCAACAGCUGGGGAUACGAUGACAUCAGACUUAACCUUCAGGUUCAAGUGCCACCAGACCAGCCGCGUCUCACCGUCACCAAGACGACCACCACCACCAUCACGCUGUCUUGGAUCCCAGGAGACAAUGGAGGCAGCUCCAUCAGAGGCUACAUCCUGCAGUACUCUGAGGACAACAGUGAGAAGUGGGGCAGUUUUCCCAUCAGCCCUAGCGAGCGCUCGUACCGUCUGGAGAGCCUCAAGUGUGGAACGUGGUACAAGUUCACCCUUACUGCCCAGAACGCUGUUGGACCCGGACGUAUCAGUGAGAUCAUUGAGGCCAAGACACAUGGCAAAGAGCCUCAGUUUGUGAAGGAGCACGAGCUGUUCGCCAGCAUCAACUCCACGCGAGUGCAGCUCAACCUGAACGGCUGGAACAACGGCGGCUGCCCCAUCACGUCCUUCAUCGUGGAGUACCGGCCGGUGGAGAGCCCCACCUGGACGCGGGCGCAGCGCAGCUCGCUCACCAAGACCUACAUCCUGUACGACCUGCAGGAGGCCACCUGGUACGAGCUGCAGAUGAAGGUGACCAACAGCGCCGGCUCUGCGGAGAAGCGCAUCAACUUCGCCACGCCCAACCCAGACGGAAACACCAUAGCCCCCCUGCUGAAGACGGUGGUGGAGAGCAGGGAUAAUCUGCCCGGCAACCAGGGCCUGAAGAUGGUGGUACCCAUCAUCUGCAUCCUGGUGGCCAUCGGCAUGGUCUUCAUCCUGCUACUGGUGCUGAGGAGGAGGAGGAGGGAGCAGAGGCUCAAGAGACUACGGGAUGCCAAAAGCCUAGCUGAGAUGUUAAUGAGUAAGAACACCCGGACGCCGGACACAGUGAACAAGCAGCAGCAGACGCUCCGGAUGCACAUCGACAUCCCGCGGGCGCAGCUGCUCAUCGAGGAGCGUGACACCAUGGAGACAAUCGAUGACAGGUCCACUGUGUUGCUGACUGAUAAUGACUUUGGGGAGACGUCCAAGCAGAAGUCCUCCACUGUCACGCACACAGUCCACUACCAGUCCCUGUCCCAGAGCACCGGGCCGCUGGUGGAUGUGUCUGACGCCCGACCUGGAACAAACCCCACUGCCCGCCGCACAGCCAAAGCCGGCCCCGCCACCCGCAGCCGCUACGCCAGCCAGUGGACGCUGAACCGCCCGCACCCGCCCAUCUCCUCGCACACGCUCACCACCGACUGGCGGCUGCCCACGCCCCGCGCCACCGGUUCCGUGGACAAGGAGAGCGACAGCUACAGCGUCAGUCCCUCCCAGGACACAGACCGAGCACGGAGCAGCAUGGUGUCGACGGAGAGCGCCUCGUCCACCUACGAGGAGCUGGCGCGGGCCUACGAGCACGCCAAGAUGGAGGAGCAGCUACGGCACGCCAAGUUCACCAUCACCGAGUGCUUCAUCUCGGACACGUCGUCAGAGCAGAUGACAGCCGGCACCAACGAGUACACGGACAGCCUGACGUCCAGCACGCCCUCCGAGUCGGGGAUCUGCCGCUUCACCGCCUCGCCGCCCAAGCCUCAGGAUGCCAGCCGCGUCAUGAACAUGGCCGUGCCCAAAGCCCACAGACCCGGUGGUGAGCUGGUGCACCUGCCCCCGUACCUGCGCAUGGACUUCCUGCUGAACCGCGGCGUGGCGGCGGCGUCGUCGUCCUCGUCGUCGUCGGGCCGCGAGGCCACGGGCCAGACCUGCCUGGAGCCGCAGAAGAGCCGCACGCUGAAGCGGCCGGCGCUCACGGUGGCGCCCACCCCCAGCGACUCCACGCUCCCCAGCGUCUCCUCCUCGGGGCCCCCCAGCCGCGAGGUGCAGCAGUGGCAGCCAGGGACAGCCUCCACUCUGCCCCAGCGCGAGCCCGGAGACCUGGCCCAGGCUCAGGCCGCCAAACUCAGCAGCUCCCAGGAGUCGCUGCUCGACUCCAGAGGACACCUCAAACAGAGCAACAACCCUUACGCAAAGUCCUACACCCUGGUAUAACACAGGGGGCACCCUGGGGUGGACGCCCGUCCGCCCCGCCCCCCCCCCAACCCCACUU